AUGGCCACGCGCGUCGCCGUCCUCACAGUCAGCGACACCGCCGCCGCCGACCCGAGCACCGACAAGUCCGGCCCCACCAUCCGAGACAUCCUCGCGGCCCACGGCGGCUACGACUGCAAAUACCUCCUCAUCGUCCCCGACGAUGAGCUCCGCAUCCGCCAUACCGUCCAGGCUUGGUGCGACCAGGGCGAUAUCGACUGGAUUAUCACCACAGGCGGCACCGGCUUUGGUGUACGCGACAGGACACCCGAGGCGAUCCGUCCUCUUCUCGAGCGCGAAGCAUCUGGUCUUGUCCACUUACUGCUUGCAUCGUCUCUGCAAAAGACUCCUCUUGCAGCACUCUCGCGCCCCGUCGCUGGGACCGUGAAGAACACGCUCGUAGUCACUCUGCCUGGAAGCGUCAAGGCCGUAACGGAGAACCUGGAUGCAUUGCUCGCAGCUGGAGUCGCCGAGCACGCCCUUGUGCUAGUAAAAGGCGCGUCCAGCAGACAAAUACACGCGAACAUGUCGUCAGCUGGCUCUGUGCGCUCGCACGCGCAUGCCCACCACCACCAUGCCCACCACCAUGAUCACGCCCCUCAGCCAAGAAGCACCCUUUCGCAUGACCCUUCACUUCCCGUCACUACGAGACAUAGAGAGUCACCUUACCCGUUAGUCUCUGUCGAAGAAGCCUUGGCCUCCAUUUUACGGGAAAUUAAACCCUUGCCAGUCACCGAACAACUGGUCACGCCACAUCUGAAAGGGCAUGUCCUCGCCGAAGAUGUGUGCGCGCCUCAGGAUGUGCCUCUGACAUCCACGACUAGCGUUGACGGCUAUGCUCUGCGCUCGACUGAUCCCCCAGGAAUUUACUCAGUACUCACCCCGCGCACACACAGCACCGCCGACACUUUACCUACAGGCACCAUCUUUCGCAUCAAUACUGGUGCCCCCCUUCCCGCGGGUGCAGAUACGAUCAUUAUGGUAGAGGACACCCGCCUACACAGCACAGUGAAAGAUGAUAGCGGUGCAGACGUCGAGGAGAAGGAAGUCGAGACAUUAGUGCAAGUUCCUCCGGGGGAGAACGUGCGCGCACCCGGGUCAGACACACACAACGGUGACCUGGUGCUCGAGAAGGGCACGAUAUUGAACAGCGCGGGCGGAGAGAUCGGAUCGCUGGCAUUUGUUGGAAGAGCAAAGGUCAAAGUAUAUAGAAAGCCGGUGGUAGCUAUUCUUAGCACUGGGAACGAGCUGGUAGAUCUACAGACGCCACAGCCAAUGCAGGGCGACGGCUGGGGUGGUAUUUGGGACACUAACCGACCAUCUCUGAAAGCGGCAUUGGAAGGCAUGGGCUACGAAGUCGUCGACUUGGGUAUCGUGCCAGAUGAUCUAGAUGCUCACGUCAACAUUAUCAAGAAGGGUCUGGAAAGUGUAGAUAUGUUGCUGACAACUGGUGGGACAUCAAUGGGCGCAGGCGACCUACUUAAGCCAGUUAUCGAACGGCACCUCAACGGGACGAUCCACUUCGGACGUGUGAAAGUUAAGCCCGGCAAACCGACGACCUUCGCGACAAUCCCUUCGUCAUCGAACAACGGCGGUGAUCAGAUCCCGAUGUUUGCCCUACCAGGAAACCCAGCCUCCGCUUUGGUCACAUUCAACAUCUUUGUGAUACCUGCCCUGCGCCGCCUGGGGGGCUGGCCUGCUGAUCGCACCCAGCUACCUCGUAUCCGUGUGCAACUACGAGAUGCAAUGCGCCUUGACUCUCGCCCCGAGUAUCACCGUGUCGUCAUCAAGGCCUCGCCAAGCGGAUUGUAUGCAUAUAGCACAGGUGGGCAGCGCUCCAGCAGGGUUGCGAGCCUUAGCGGGGCAAAUGGUCUAGUCGCACUCCCCGCAAAAGAGGCCGAUGAUCCGGAGCAAUUGCAGGCGGGAGAUAUUGCAGAAGCUGUGGUGAUUGGUGAGCUACAAGUUCAAUAA